AGCAACAAGCCCAAACACACGAUACUCGCCCUGCACACAUCACACACAACCCUAGUUUAAUCACACAUCAACAACACCAUAUCGCACCGCAAAUGAACAAGCAGACCUACUAUUGCGACAUGUGUAGCAAACAAUUUACGACAAAACUUACUUUAAUCCGACAUAUCAGAACACAUACACACCCGGAACAUACCUGCGGAGUUUGUAAUGAAGCAUUUCAAAAUAACUUAUUACUGAAUAAGCAUUUAAGUUUGCACUCAGCAGAGAGACGGUACGUGUGUGGAGAAUGCAACAAGCAAUUUGCAACAAAAAGCAUUUUGUAUAUACAUAGAAGAACCCACACUGGAGUCAAACCAUUCAAAUGUAAAGAAUGUGACAAGCAAUUUACAAGAAAACAUCAUUUAGAGAACCACAAAAGUGUCCAUAGUGACGUGAAACCAUACAAAUGUAAAGAAUGUAACAAGCAAUUCAAAGGAAGCAAUGGUUUAAAGUACCACGAAAGAGUCCAUAGUGGCGUGAAACCAUACAAAUGUAAAGAAUGUGACAAGCAAUUUACAACAAAACAUUACUUAGAGACGCACAAAAGAGUACAUAGUGGCGUGAAACCAUACAAAUGUAAAGAAUGUAACAAGCAAUUUACACAAAAAGGUAAUUUAGAGACCCACAAAAGAGUCCAUAGUGGCGUUAAACCGUACAAAUGUAAAGAAUGUAACCAGCAAUUUACACAAAAAACUAAUUUAAAGAUGCACGAAAGAGUCCAUAGUGGCGUCAAACCAUACAAAUGUAAAGAAUGUGACAAGCAAUUCAAAGGAAGACAUAGUUUAAAGUACCACGAAAGAGUACAUAGUGGCGUCAAACCAUACAAAUGUAAAGAAUGUAGCAAAGAAUUCAAACAAAAUUAUUCUUUAGUUAUCCAUGAAAGAAUCCAUAGUGGAAUGAAACCAUACAAAUGUAAAGACUGUAACAAAGAAUUCACAACAAAACAAUCAUUAGUUACCCAUGAAAGCGUCCAUAGUGGCGUGAAGCCAUACAAAUGUAAAGAAUGUAACAAAGAAUUCGCACAAAAAAUUCAUUUAGUUGCCCAUGAAAGAGUCCAUAGUGGAAUGAAACCAUACAGUUGUAAACAAUAUGACAAGGAAUUCACACUAAAACAUCAUUUAGCUGUCCAUGAAAGAAUCCAUAGUGAUGUGAAACCAUACAAAUGUAAUGAACGUAACCAGCAAUUAAGUCAAGAAGAUAGUUUUGAGACAAAUAGAAUGAGUCACAUCGGAGAGAAGCCGUAUAGAUGUGAAGAAUGUAACAACCACUUUACAUUAAAAUCUGAAUUAGAGAGACAUAAAAAAAUACACACCGAUGAACAAUCAUACGAAUGCGAAAUAUGUGAAACACUUUUUUUCGAUGAAACAAGUUUAAUGAAACAUAUUGAAAUACAUAUAUCCAAGAUACAAUAACUUUGUUGUUUUGUAAAAUGGUUCAUAAUAGCUCAUAGUGUUUUAUUCGGAUUCAGUCAACAGAAUUUCACUCUACUGCUAUUCACUUCACCAUAUUGCUGGGUACAUUCUCACAGACAAAAUAUCGUAUAGUCGACCGAGAUAAACUAUGCUAACGUCUAUCUUUCAAUUGCACAUGUGAAUACAGAUGGCAAGUUACGGAAAGUUUCCAAAAAGUUCGAAAAGUUCUCGGAAAUUUCACAGGAAACAAGAAAACGUUACAUUUGUUCUUUGAAAUACAAUUUUAAUUGAA